AUUAUCCCUCAGCGCAUCGUUUGCACUACCGAUACCAAGCUCGCCUAGAUCCUGUUUGCUACCGCACUCAUAGAUACCAAGCUUGAGUUUCGCAGCAGCUUAGUUGCAUAUAAAACCAGCAUCCUCCUCGGUCCUCCGCUUCUCCACAACCACCAACUUCCUCGCUCAAUCAACGAUCAAACCACCCCACAUCAAAUAUAAUGGAUUUCGUCAACAAGCUCACCGGUAGCGGUAAUAGCCAGGGUCAGAGCUCCAACGAGCAGACCCAGUCAACCGGAUCUUCUGGACAGCAGCAGAGCGGUGGCUUCCUCGGCGGCAUUGGCGACAAGCUCAACUCAGCUGCUGGUGGUGGCCGCGAGAGCGAGAAGAACGAGGAUUACCUCGACAAGGGUGUGGACCUAGUACAGGAGAAGUUCCUUGGACAAGGUCCUCAAGACAACGAGUCCGCUGUGGAGCAAGCCAAGGACGAGCAGAUCUCCGAUUUCAUUCGAGGACAGUACAAGGGUGCCACUGGUAGCGACAUCCCUAUCAAGGACAAGGAGACCAGGUUGGGUUAGUGAUUAGUUUCUCAACUUUGACGCCUGGCCGACAUGGAGCAGCCUUCAUGGUCAUGAUUUUACGAUAAUUGUAGUCAUUAAUUGACAGAUAAUAAUCUUGA